AUGACUCCUAACAGAUCCGUCAUCUUCCAAAAAAUCGUCGACGAAGUCCUCAUCCCCAGCACCCAUCUCACCAUCCAAAACCGCCCAAUUGACCUCUCCCUCUCCCCUCCCGAUGGCGGCCUUCUACUCAAGAACUACUACCUUUCCGUGGACCCCUACAUGCGAACGCUGCUCAAAUCGCGGAACCCAAAGUUUGUUGAAGGCGAUGUUGUUUGCUUCUUCAACGAGAAAGCGCUGCCGUUCCACGAGUACACAGUCUGCGAUGCUGCGAUGGCCGAGAUCCCGUUCAAAGUGCAUAAUCCUUACAACGUUGACGUCCGCCAUUUAGUCGGGGCGCUUGGUCCCCCGGAGUUGAGGUCGUAUGGGUGCCUUUAUGAGAUCGGGAAGCCGAAGGCGGGCGAAACGAUCUUGCUUGUUGGGCAGCUGGCGAAGGAGGAGGGGUUGAGGGCUAUUGGGAAUGCAGGGAGCGAUGAGAAGCUAAGGUAUAUUGUUGAGGAGCUGAGCUUUGAUGGUGGGUUUAAUUACAAGACGGAGAAGGCGCGGGAAGCGUUGGAGAAGCUGGUGCCGCAGGGAAUCGAUGUCUAUUACGACAACGUCGGUAGGCCGAUUGGAGGGAUUAUUUUGGCGCAGUGUCUUUGCAGUAUGAUCUGCGACUACAAUAAGAAACCGGAAGAUCGGUACGGCGUGAAGAGUCUUAGGGAGAUUUUCAUCCGCCGCAUUACUAUGCAGGGUUUUAUCGUCGUCGACGAGAACAUUCUAAAGCACUUCCCCACGAUGCAAGAGACUAUAGGAUAUUACGGUAGGAAUCGAAAUGCGAUCGGAGCCUUUUUAGGUACGCUAAAGGGUGACAACAAUGGGAAGGCGCUAGUGCAGCUCGCGGAUCUAGACAAGGAUUGA